CAGGCAAUAUUUAAAAGCUCUAUAAAGCUCACAAAUGAUCACCCCGUAUAUGUAUGUACGUAUUCGGCAGUUUGAGCAAUCUUUCCACAGAACGAGAUAGGCUAAGAGCUAGGUGUUGAAGACGGCAUGCAGGAAAUCCCAAGAUCGAAAUUUGUGCGCCAAGUUCCACGAAACUAGAGAUCCUGCGUAUCAUCAUCUUCGCCUGAACUUUGCAUUUACAGCAAUUUGUGCCGCCUUGGACACUCUACCGAUCUGUGUUGUGACAACUCUGAUAGUAUAGAAAUGCUUGAGGAUAUCAUAUUCCAAUGUCCAGCCUAUAAAAAUGAAAGUUUUAUGAAAGUCAAAUGGGCAAUAUUGGUCGGACGCCGCUAACGCUGAGAAGGACAUUAAUUGCCAUAUUGUACCAUGUCCUUCUUGCACUGACAGGCUUUAAGCUUGUUGUUCAUCAAUCACCAGGACGUUGACUCGCUUCAAAAACACUAUAAAAUGCUUUCACUACACUAGACUGGCAGAAUUUCAUUUUUACAUCGCAUCACACAUAAAUAACAAAUCCACCUUCUCAUGCUCAUUUUUCUUCUUUUUUUUUUCUUUCUCCUUCUCUCUCUCUCUCUCAUUUGGCCUUUCCAUUCCCCAUCUCCUUCCCGAUGCAGAGUUGCUUGUCGGAGACUAGGCAUGCACCGGCGGAAAUAUCUACAAUUUAUUAAAGAGCCUUUCGAUUUUCCUCUCUCUCUCUCUGUUUGCGCGUUUAUGGAAGAAUGAGACUGUUGUCGGCGUGGUUGGUUCAGAAGCAAAAUGCAAUACUUGACGUGUUUUCAUGUUCCUAGCAGCCAUACACAUUGCUCUUUUGCUCGAUGAUAUGUUUCUUCCGUUGUGAAACGUGCGGGGUUUCUUUUUUCGAAAAUUAUACCUGCACGCGUUGCCCUACUUUUUGACCGCCCGAGGCUGUUCUUGCUUGCUGGAUAAACGACAGACGCGGCGACACGCGGGUGACGUCCUUCCUGGGUCCACCUGCGGUUUCCUCUGUACUUUCCGCACGUGUGUGCUAAAUUAAUCGCAGCACGUGGCUAUCAAUCUUUCUUUCUUUCUUUCUUUCUUUCUUUCUUUCUUUCUUUCUUUCUUUCUUUCUUUCUUCCUUUCUUUCUUUCUUUCUUUCUUUCUUUCUUUCUUCCAUUCUUUAUUUCUUAUUUGCAGAACAAGUCAGCUGAGUCCUGAUUCUACAUCAUGCGUGUGCUAUAAAUCCGCUCGUGAUGUUCAGCUGCAGACGCUCACACUAAGGAGGCAGUAACAGGUGCGCAUCUGGUUUCAGAACGGCCUACGUUUCGAAUUUCCUAGUCCCUGCAAGAUAAGGCAUACGUUUACAAUCUGGAAACACGGAGUACCCCAAGGAAAGCUAAUCGCUGUUGGGUAUUCUGCGGAGCCACAUCUGAAGAACAUGGCAGGAGACGACAACGAUUCACUUCUCACAUCCGUACCGAAAGCUCGCGCUUCCUUCGAAGACGCCCACCACAUGGUCGAAGGGCUUUACCUCAACACUGUUUUCACCGCAGAGAACAUUCGAUCGGCCCUCAGCUACGAACCUUUAGAAGACGACGUCUUUGUCGUCAGCUAUCCAAAGUGCGGCACAACAUGGCUGCAGCACAUCGUCAUCGGCAUCUUAUCAGGCGGCACGCUGACGCCUGACGACGUAGAAGACGUAAGAAAGGCAACGUAUCUCGAGCUCAUAGGUGCCGAAGGAGCCCGGACUUUGCGACGACCGGUGCCCAUCAAGACUCACCUGCCGUUCCAUAAGCAGCCUUAUUCCGCAGGCGCCAAGUACGUCUACGUAACGCGGAAUCCGUACGACUGCUGCAUCUCGUAUUACUACCACUAUAAGGGAAUGCCGUGGCAUCGCUUCGCCGAAGGCACUUUUAACGAAUUCGUGGACAUGUUCGUGCGUGGUAAGGUCUCCUAUGGUGACUAUUUCGAUCACCUGCUUUCCUGGUACGAGCGCCGCAACCACCCGAACGUUCUGUUUCUCACGUACGAGGAAUUGAAGAAGGACACACCAGCAUCGGUCCUGCGGAUUGCGGACUUCUGUGGAGCACUAGAGUAUGGCAAGCAACUGAGAACGCAUCCCAGUGACCUGGAGAAAGUCCUUCGCGGAAUAAGCUUGGAAGUAAUGAGAAAGCUGACGUUCACUGUCAAAGUCUCGAACAGUGCAUCGCUCACGAGGCGGGCAGAAGGAAUCGCCAACACACCGUCGAGCGAUGAGCUACAAAAUGAAAAUUUAAGUAACUCAUCCGCGAAAGGCCUUAAAAACAGCCUCCUGAGCGGGCAGCUCGUGCGGAAGGGAAUUGUAGGUGAUUGGAAGAGCCUGUUUUCCUCAGAACAAAUUCAGAGGAUGAAAGCUUGGAUCGCGCCGAAGACGCGUGACACUGACGUUAUGAACCUCUGGAAGGACGUCGACCUUCCGUGAGGGCGUAAAUCUAUCUUGAAUAGACGUGAUAGACAACUUA